AUGUCUGGCCGCCAAAGUCUUGUUCUUGGGUAUCUCGCACUCUUGGUAGGCGUGACUGCCGUUCCGAGAAAUGUUCGAUUCAAUUGGCAUGACACUAAAUAUAUGAUAGCUUUUGGGGAUUCGUACACUUACGUCCAAGGUACUGCUGGUCGACAGAAUUCGAGUUUCAUCGGCGACUACUUUGACUUUUCGUUCUCGCAAGAUGGGCUGUUGAACAAUAAGAUAGUCCAGAAUCAGNNGUCAGGAAUACAUUGA